AAGGACCUAGGAAGAGGAGGAGGGAGGCACAGAGAAAGAGACAGAGGAAGGCAAGGCCACACCUAUUGUGAUUCGAAAAGCACAGUUGAAGCUACUGUACCUCCUACCUGAAGGGAAAGGUGGAGGAGAGAGGGAACUCCAAGCUGAGGGGAAAACUGCAAAGUUGGAACGUCCAGGACGGAGGAGUGAAACCACAAAGUCACAAACGUAAAUGGAACGAAAGGGUUAAGAAAGUGAGACGGUUAAAGGCGACAGCAGGUCUAAUGUAGAAAGACAAGACGGCGUAAAAAGUCAAUGAAACCGAAAAAAGGAAACCUCUGCGUAGAAGGAGACGAAGAAAGUGUCCUGAGAAGAAUGCUUUGAAGGUGUGGAGGAAGAGGAGCGAAGAUAGCUCCAAAGUUGGAACAAGUUCACAAGUUAUCUAAGUCAACACGACCCACUGUAAGAAAAAAAUACUGCGCCUCCCUCCUCAGGAUCACGUAAAUACUUGAGAAGAUGUUCUUCUACCAGUCUAUGAAGUGGCCAUCUCCAUCAGCUUUCCUCCCCAAAUUCUUCCGUUCCUCACAAGGUACUCCAUCACAUCCAGACACCUCUCCCCAAAAACCUAAACGAUGGACUUUCCCGGUUCUGCCUUUACAUAGUUUACCAAGCUUACCAAGCUUCCAGCUGUUUCUUCCAUCCCUGAAGAGAGGCAAGGAUGUGAAGACCACGUCUGAAUCUCAUAUUGAUUUCGAACACUUUCAGAUCUGUAUCAACUUGGUCCAUCACAUUAUAGACAUUUGCACCUGUGGGUGUCUUUGGCUUUUUUCUCCUGUGUUUCGUGUCACGUUGGAUAUUUUUGGUUUUCAAGGAGCCCUCAAGCUGUGGAUUCACGGAAUUGCCAUUUUCUUGGCCACAACAUAUGGGAUGUAUCUGAUUCUUUGGCUGGCCCAGGAAUACAUCUUUCAGUUGGCAUCAUUUUAUGGUAUUUUACAGACGUUUGUCUUGAUUGUGAGCCUGAAGGCAGAGCAAGAAUCGGGGAAGGGGCAGCAAGAAGAGGAAAAGUUAAAUGACCAUAAGGAUGAGGGUGAAAGUGAAGGAGGGCAUCCGGAGGAUAGAUGGGCUGAAGGAGGGCAUCCUGAUGACAAAUGGGCUGAAGGAGGGCAUCCGGAGGACAGAUGGGCUGAAGGAGGGCAUCCGGAGGACAGAUGGGCUGAAGGAGAGCAUCCGGAGGACAGAUGGGCUGAAGGAGGGCAUCCAGAGGACAGAUGGGCUGGUGGAGAGGAGGAUGAUGAAGGAAACUCCCAAGAUGAGUGGGAGAGUGAAGGAGAGGAGGUACUAGGACAUGCCUGAGGAAACUUGAAAAGAUUUUGGCUUUUUUGCCUAUGAUGUUUUUGAAGGAAACCAUUUGACAUGCAGCAGAAACAAACUGGUCUCCAGAACAUAGUCCAACAAAAACCAAAAACAUAUUUUGACUACCAAAAUCCCGGACUACCAAAGGACACAUAACUGUGAAGUUUCUGAGUUGGUCCUCUAUUAUGAGGACUUUGGGAGGCACUAAUUUAUAUAAUAUUAUUCUAAUGAUAUUUUUAAGGGAUUUUAUAUGUUACAAGAAUUCUUGUAGUGAGAUUUUGUAUCUGUUCUAAACAGUCAGAUGGGACCAUUUAGGUUUCAGAUGUUUGGAAUUGAAUGGAAGGACAAAACCUUGUCCACUGGAAAUAAUUACGGUCUUGGUCUACACAGGGACCUGAGAAGAACCACUAAAGGGAUCAAAGCUCCUUCUGAGCCAGAAACAGUUGGGAGGUAUAGACUAAGAAACAAUAAGACAAACUUCAAUGUAUGUGCUGCCCUAGUCAAGUUCCUUGAUUGAUUUCUGGUACGUGCAGCCAUGGACUAUUCACUUCAUUAUAUUGACUAUUGACUGUUCUCUGGAUAGUCCUUAUCCAGAUAUUGUGAUAGUACAAGCGAGAAGGCACCAUUGUGGUGUGUGGAAGUCAAAUUUUAAAACACUGAAAAGAAAUUUAUUUAUGAUGGGUCCGUGU